GUCAAGCGAUAAUUGAAGACAGCGCUAUCUCUUCUGCCACCAUCAUGCGCAUAAUUAAAGGCAGCGCGCGCAACCGUACCAGGUAGCGGAGUAGAGAGGGAAAGAAACAAUUCUUCAGAUGUUUUCGGAAUCGGAAAUCUUUGGUAGCGAUUGGAUGCUGGGAUCGCACUCACAGAGCUUGGCCCUAGAUCUGCGCGGAACAUUUGGCAGCGGGCUCCGAUCAAAAGCAACUUUCCGCCGAUCAUCAAGUGUUGCUCUAUAGCGUGUUAUACAGUGAACAUGAAGCAUAAUUAGGAUAGUGAUGAUGAUGAUGAUGAUGAUGAUGAUGAUGAUGCCUUUACCUUUUUAAGGCUUAGACAACUACAAGAAAAGAUAAAAAGCGUGAACGUCGCAGCUUAGAGCGUCGGUAGGAUUAUGGUCCACCACUCCCGCUGGAACAAAAAUGUAGCGGAGCGGCCUGGGGUGCAGCACAGGGGGAACAUCAUUAACGUGCACAUCAAAGAAAUAAGCCGAUCGCUUACUUUUGUCGGUGGUGUGCCGCUGCUUCCCCUGCGCAAUUGCACGCAACAGCAGGAAGACCGGAUCACGGGGAAGAAGCGAAAGAACGUCAUCAAUGAGGAUUUGAGCGUCUCAAGCGACAUCGUCGACGAGGCUAUCCAGGCCUACCGCCUGAAUGGACACUUUCGGCAUUUUGAAAUCCAGGGCCAUGGUGACAGACUGAUGGUGUAUCUGUUUCUUUGGAUUCAGGAUAUACUUGCCGCAACGCUGGAGGCGUAUCCCGCAUGGAGCGGAGGCCUGCUUGACGAUGACUACAACUGCGCUCAUGAUAAGGAGCCGUCGGUAGUAGAAUCGUCGUACAUCGGCAAGACUGGCGGUGUCGGUUCCUGUCUGCCUGAUCAGCAGAAGAUGUUACGCUUACGGCAUGGUAGUUCAGCCGGGUCUACGUUUGUGCCGGGCAGCGCCGCGGAAGCGAAUAAGCACCUACACUUGCGACGAAAGCUUGAGCAUGACGCGGCGGCCGAUGGGUGCUCACCGGAAAAAGAAGCGGACUUCCUGCGUACGCACCUAGGGUUCAAGAUUCCAAGUACCGCGACAUGCUGCAUGAAGGCGGGGAAUACCGGUGCUGCGAGUUCGAAGGCAAACGCUGGAAUGACUUCGGUGCAGACGCUGGAAUGGCAAGUGCUACGUGCUUAUUUGCGACAGCUGCGAAUUGAGCUAUUGGCGCGGGUUUUCCCAUCACUUAUUAUGCCCGCACCUGCGGAACAUGCCGGCGGCCCUACAGGAGUGAUGGUUCCAUCCAAGUGGUGGAUGCAGUACAGCAAAAGAAAGUUUCUCGGUCUACAUGGCUUACCCAAGAAUUAGCGAGAAAUGUUGCCCGUGUCCCUUAAUUUUAAUACGACAGAACCAGAGGCGGGAGAUCGUCGGAGUUUUAGUGUUGCCUGGAACUUUACUUCGGAAAAAAAUCCGUGUCCGAUUGUGAAUUUGUGCGCUUCAAAGCUUGAUAUAAGUGUCUUCAGUCAUCAAUUUGAUGCGGAUAUCUGUCCCUGUCGACCGAGUCCGAGCCACGGAAAAUGAGGCCACCGCCACCGCGGCGAUUGCAUUUCAAUACUUGACGGCUAUGUUUUGAAGAGACAUAUUAAUGUAGUCUAGUUGUAGUGUUCAUGUUCAAAAAGGCAAAGGGAAAAAAAAAUUUUAAAGAGAAAGUGACUACGACAAGCACACGCUUUAUAUCACAGAGAGCGAAGUUUAUUUCUAUCACUUUUAUGUCUACGAGAUUAUGAUUUAGAUAUAGCUAUAGAUUUAUUUCAGUGGUACUGGUAGCAUCAAAAACAAAAUCAGGAUGAGAGUCAGAUCCGGCCUUUGUGAGGGGAAGUUUUUAUGAUGUUGACUUGGUCUACUUGAGCAACACGCAGAAAAG